AAAAAACAAAAAAAACUAAAAAGAGUUGAACCAAGCGAGAGUUCCAGGAAAAAAAAAAAAGAAAAGAGAUUAAGGAGAGACAUGGACGAUGAAGAGGUCUCUGUUUUCUCGGACUCUCCGUACCGUGUUUUGACAUCUUUAUUGUUAUUUAUUCAACAAAAUCUACACCCAAUAAUAUCACUAAUUACAACAUCAUCAUCAUUAUUAUUUAUUGUUAACAUCACCCUCUUAUGCCAAUUCAUCAUUUUUCUUAAGUUUUCUUCGUAACCCAUAUUUGUUUUUAUUCUUACAAUAACUUCAAUCACAUCAGUUCAAAAUUAAAAUGAUAAUUUUAUGAUAGCCCCACCUCUUUUUCUUUCAAUGAUGAUGAAGAAUAUACAUUGAGUUUUUUAUUUUCUAAUUCUUGGUUCUUCCAUACACGAUUCUUCAUUUGCGGUCUAUCAUUCCGAAGGUUCGUAAUUUCUUUUUUAUUCUAUUUAUUUUUUCUUGUGGUGAUUAAUUUAAUCUUUCAGAUCUGUAAUCUUAUUCUUUUCGUAGUUUCUGAUUUUUGUUUAUUUCUUCCUAGAUAAAUAAAUAGAAUCUUCAAACUGUACGGAUAUAUAUGUUUUUGGGGGGAAAUGUGGGAUUCCCAGAUUUAAAUGGUUAUGUAUAUAUUUUCUUUUUGAAAGUAUUGAAUGGUUAUAUUUUUUGGGCUUAGCUGAGAGUUUCAUGGAAUUUUGUAUAAUGAUAAUCUUCAAUCGUUCAUUUUUGUUAUAUUAUUUUUUCCCUUAUAUUUUAUAAAAUAACCUUUUUCAAAUGUUUAACAUUUAAUCAUGCAAAUUAUUGUCUCUUUUUAUAUUUUUCGAAACCAUUUUAAUUUGAAAUUUUAAAAUCUGUGUAAUAAUUCAUUUUGAAAGGAAAUAUUUGUAAUAAUAAUUCAAUUCUAGCAUAUUAUGAUAUCUGGGAAUCUAAAGCUCUACAUUUGACCCAAAUCUUUUUGAAUUGACAUUUUCUAUCUUGUAUGUAAUGUAUUGAAAAAUUAAACUUUCUCUUCCUAUUACAAUCUUAAACAAAAACAAAGGCUUUUAAUUGUGGGAGUUUACAUUUGAUUACUACUCAAUCAAAGGGUAGAAUUGCUUUUGUGUUGACUUGAUUAGUUUAGAGAAUAUAUGAAUAUGGAAAAGAAAAAAAAAUAGCAUGAGAUUAAUAAUUUUGUUUAAACUAUAAUUUGUCUGCGAAAACUAAAAAAAUCAGGCGAAUCAUGGCGAAAAAAGGGAACUUAGGAGAAAAUAAAAGCAGAAGUCCCAUGUCGCUUUUCAUUAUAGCUGGUGUGUGUUGCUUCUUCUACAUAUUGGGUGCCUGGCAGCGAAGUGGUUUCGGAAAGGGAGAUAGAAUUGCUGAUUUGGUUAAUAGACAAACAGAUUGCAGCAUUCUUUCGAAUCUCAACUAUGAGACUCAUCAUGGUAAUGGUAUUGGGAUGGAUGAUUCUAAAGAAAUCAGUGAGUUCAAGCCGUGUGGCGAUGAGUACAUCGACUAUACUCCUUGUCAUGAUCAAAAUCGAGCCAUGAAGUUUCCACGAGAAAAUAUGACUUACAGGGAAAGGCAUUGCCCACCUGCAGAAGAGAAACUGCAUUGUCUUGUUCCAGCACCUGUUGGAUAUGUGACACCAUUUCCUUGGCCAAAAAGUCGUGAUUAUGUGCCUUUUGCUAAUGCACCUUAUAAAAGCUUGACUGUUGAGAAAGCUGUUCAGAACUGGAUUCAAUUUGAGGGAAAUGUGUUUAAGUUCCCUGGUGGAGGUACGCAGUUUCCCGAGGGAGCAGAUGCCUAUAUCAGUGAACUUGCAACUGUAGUCCCAUUGGACAGUGGCAUGGUGAGAACUGCAUUGGAUACUGGCUGUGGGGUUGCAAGUUGGGGUGCAUACCUGCUAAAAAAGAACGUUAUUGCCAUGUCAUUUGCACCAAGAGACUCUCAUGAAGCACAAGUACAGUUUGCACUGGAAAGAGGUGUGCCAGCAGUGAUUGGUGUCCUGGGAACUAUAAAGUUGCCAUAUCCUUCAAACGCCUUUGACAUGGCCCACUGUUCUCGGUGCUUGAUUCCAUGGGGUGCAAAUGGUGGGAUGUACAUGAUGGAAGUAGACAGAGUUCUUAGACCUGGUGGUUAUUGGGUUCUGUCUGGUCCUCCCAUCAACUGGAGUAAAAGUUUUAAAUCGUGGAAAAGACCUGCACAAGAGCUUGAAGAGGAACAGAGAAAGAUUGAAGAGUAUGCCAAGCUUCUAUGCUGGGAAAAAAAACACGAGAGUGGUGAAAUUGCAAUAUGGAGGAAAAGAAAAAACAAUGACAGUUGCCGGAAUCAAGCUACUCAAGCUAUUAUGUGUGAAACCACUAAAGAUGAUAGUGUUUGGAACAAGAAGAUGGAGGCAUGCAUAACACCUUAUCCUGAGUUAAGUGAAUUGGAUAAGGUUGCUGGUGGGGAAUGGCAACCAUAUCCUGAGAGACUUAAGGCCAUACCAUUCAGAAUAUCCAGUGGAUCAGUACCUGGAGUAUCUGCUGAGACAUACCAGAAGGACAUCCGAUUGUGGAAGAAACAUGUUAGUGCUUAUAAGAGAAUCAACAAGCUUAUAGAUUCUGGCAGAUAUCGCAAUAUCAUGGACAUGAAUGCUGAUCUGGGAAGUUUUGCUGCCGCUUUAGAUUCUCCUAAACUGUGGGUCAUGAAUGUCAUGCCUACAAUAGCUGAGAAAGAUACUCUUGGCGUUAUUUAUGAGCGUGGAUUGAUUGGCAUAUACCAUGACUGGUGUGAAGCCUUUUCCACAUAUCCAAGGACAUAUGACCUUAUUCAUGCAAAUGGUGUUUUCAGCUUAUACAAGAGCAAGUGUGAUCCGACUGAUAUACUUUUAGAAAUGGAUCGAAUCCUGAGGCCUGAAGGGGCGGUAAUAUUCCGUGACCAAGAGGAUGUUUUAUUCAAGGUGAGGAAAAUCGUAAGAGGAAUGAGGUGGAAUACGAAAAUGGUGGAUCACGAGGAUGGUCCACUUGUUUCCGAGAAGAUAUUGGUUGCUGUGAAGAAGUACUGGGUUGCAGGUGAAAACAAUACAACAUCAUCACAGUGAAAAAGAAAAGAAAAAUAAGAUAUUGAGUUGGCGUCCGGGCUGGUCAGAAGCCAAGGGACGUUGUUUUUUGCAGCAUUUUUGUUUUUUCUUCUGACAAUUUCCUAUGCGUCUCUAGUAAAUAUAGAUUUACUUGUAUCAAUUACUCUUACAGCCUAUAACACUGCUAUUAACCUUUAAAGUCGUAAAAGAAGAUUCUAUUGUUAUUCUUUUUACUAA